AUGUCCCCUCGGGACGCAAUGCCGCUGCACGCGUCGCCAGGUUCACCGGUGACUGAUACCAGUCUCGUGCAGCCGUCCUCAUCCCCGCGUGACCCAUCUCGACCGCAGCCGCCGCCUGUGCGCGUGGAUGAGUUGAAGCAGGGAGCCAUCCGCGCAAUCAUCCGCGCGGAGGAGAAUUACCGCCAGGCGUUCCACGCGCUGCAGGAGGCGCAGGCGCGGCUGGAGAGCACGCGCAUGAUGGCCGCGGAGCUCAACGCCAUUCCGCCGCUUUCGCUGCCGCCGUCGCCGCACUCGUCGCCGGCGCACUCGCCGCCCGCGUCGCCGUUGCGGUCGGCACCGCCGUCGCCGUCGCUGUCGCGGUCGCCCAGCGCGUCUCGACUGGACACCGUCGAAGCGACGUUGCUAGAUUUAGACGUACACCUGGACGCGAAUGGGUCUAGCGUGGAAAGCGCGUGGUUGGAGGGUGGUCUGGUGGGCGGCAUGGAUCGAGCGGCGGAGCCGGAGGUGGUGGUGGCGAUGAUGGACUCGCUGGCGGCGCAGAGAGAGCGCUCGCGGGAGUCGCUGCGGCUGGCGGAGCAGGUGCUGCGCGACCGCCUCGGUGAAGCGCACGUGCAGGUCAGUCGAUGCCCUUGCUUGUCCUGCGUCCGCUCUUGCCCCCUCCGCCGUUCCCACAUCCGCGCUUCCUCCACCCCUCCAUUUCCCCUCCACCCCCUUUUCCCUCCCAUUCUCCUCUCUUUGCUCUAUCCGGUCCCGUAUCGUGCUGCUCUGCACUCUUUAUCCGAAAUUCUCACCCGCCCACGCAUCGCCUUCUCCCUUCUCCCGCCCGGUUUUCCCUCACGCCCGUUUUCCCUUCUCGCCUGUUUCCCCUCUCUCCCGUUCCCUCUUCCGCCCGUUUUCCCCUCCCGCCCGUUCCCUCUUCCGCCCCUUUUCCCCUCCCGCCCGUUCCCUCUUCCGCCCGUUUUCCCCUCCCGCCCGUUCCCUCUCCCGCCCGUUUUCCCCUCCCGCCCGUUCCCUCUUCCGCCCGUUUUCCCCUCCCGCCCGUUGCCCCGGCUGUCGUGCUACCACGUCGCGCACUGGCUCGUCGACAAGGUGCAAGAGAUCGCCUCCGCUUCCUCGUCCGCCGACUGGAGCACUGCUAACGCCGCGUGCAACGGCGCCAUCGGCGGCGCACCGGCCGGCGCCGGCGCCGUUGACGGCGGUGCUGCGGCGGCGGCGCCGCUCGCCGUGCCUGUGAACCUGGACCUGGCGGCGCAGGGUUACGACGACCACGCAGUGCGGUUCCUGCAGCACCUGCCGUACGAUCGAGUGCUCAAGAUCCGCACCAUCGCAUCUGACCCGCCUCUCGCGCUGCUGCCGUCGCCGGAUGCGCCCGACGCAGCGGAGAGCAGGGAAACGGUUACGCGGACGGCGGAUUCGUCGUCCACGUCGCCUGGCGAAAUCUCCGCCAGCUCGGCGAAAAAUUCUGCCGUUACUGCUGAGUCGGUGUCUGCGGUAUCAGCGGGCGAGCAGGAGGGAGCAGCGGAAACCAUGCCGUUGCGGAGUGCCGUGCAAAGCGGCCAGCAGAUCGCGUUUCAGGCGCCCUGGGCUAAUCUCCUGCCAGGAACCGUUGGCUGGUCACCGCCCGGUCUCCUCCCAGCUCCCGCUGCUGCUAACGAGCGCCAGCCCCGCGAGACCAGGAGUCGGCGCGCGCGGGUUUCAAAGCGCACUGCGCCUGCUGCGCCCCCCGCGGAUACUGUGGACGGCGGAGAGUCUUCCGCGGAGCCGGUCUGGCUACCCGCGUCGAGCUUCGAGCUGGCGGAAGCAGCAGCUGCACUGAGUCAGACAGGCGCGGGGUUAGCGGAGCCGGGGCCGGCGGUGGGGCAGUGGAAGCAGUGGGACCCGCUCGACCUGGCGUCGUCGUCGGCGUUCGUGAAGGAAUUUGGCGAUGACGACGACGACGCGUACGACGCACGGCUGGUGAACAUGGCCAUGGCGGCGGCGGCGGACCGCGGGCAGGAGGAGAAGGAGCGGCAGGCGUGGAUGCGCAUGGAGCUGCUGCUGGUGUGCUGCGCGGCGCUGUACAUGGCGUGGCACUGCGACGCCGUGUCACUCGCGAAAGACGUGUACGUGCUCGCGCUCGGCUCCGGCUUCGCGUUCCUCGCGGCACAGUUCGUGGGGCUGCUGCCGCAGCGGUGCCGCCCGCAGCUGGGGGUAGCAGGGCUGGAAGGCACUGAGGGAAUCCAGGGAAUCCGCUGCCCUCUUCUCGUGCACAUGGCUGCGACGAGUGCGGGGCUGGGCUCGUCUGGUGAUACGCUGCCUGCUGCUGGCAGUGGGAUGACGCCGUCCGCUGUAGGGGGCGGGGCGGGGGAGGUGUGGCGGGAGGCAGGAGAAGGGGUGGUGCUGGAGGAGGCGCAACAGCAGCAACUGGACACCAAACGCCAUCGAACAUGGGAAGCGGCCAUUGAGGUGAUUGGCCUGGUGUCAGCCCUGCUCGCCCUCUCAACCGUGCUGGCUCUCCUCAUCAAGUCCUUCCACCUCCUCCUUUCCUUCCUCACCUCCUCUCUCUCACACGGAGUGGCACGGGGAGUGCAAGUGCUGCUCACAUGGUUCUCUGCGUUGCAGCUCUCAGCCAUCGCUGCGUGGCCGGCGGCUGGCUGGAUGUCAACGACUGCAGCUCUUCCUUCCAGUAUUCUCAGUAGUGAUUUCGCUCUGCGAGGGGCCGUUCUGCCCCUGUCCCUCUCACUGACUUCGGCUGCUGCUCUCACUCUGCUGCUGCUGUUUCGUCCAGCCAAUGGCGUGUCUCAGCGUGCUUAA